UAGCAUUGGCAGGUCGCCGGGAUUUCUUUGUGCGUCACGUCCGGUCAGGAGUCAACUGGUUGCUACGGUGAUUCGUGGAGAGGCGUAGGCGGGAUCUUUCAAGGUGGAAGUGACGAAAAUUGGAUCCUGUAUUCGAGCGAGCUAGAGAUGGCGGAUGGUGGCCGGUCCUAUAUUGACCAUGAUGACCGGUUUGGAGGAGGACAAUUCACGAAGAAAAGGAAAGGGCGUGGCCCCUUCCGGGCCAAAAUGUAUAGCGAAGGUCCUCAAAAAUACCGCAACCGUGGCAACGGCCCACCGAAUCCUCGUUCCAGAUUAGAUGAUGAUGGCGGAGAUAUUGCUAUGAUUGAUACACACGAUACUGUUCGACCAAGAUACAAUCCGUAUAGUCGCGGAGGGAGAAAAAAUGACAGACAAAGAGACAGAGGCGGCUCCCAUGUGAACACUUCUAGAGACCCUCAACAUCAUCCUAGAAAUGAAGCAAGAGGGGACAAAGGCUGGUUCCUGGUCACAAUUCCUCAUGGGAAAAAAUACGAUAAGAAUUGGUUAUUAGGACUCUUACAAAGUUCCUGCACACUACCAUUCACUCCUGUAGGGUAUUAUUGUGAUCAUUCUCGGGCUCACUUCUAUGUGGAAGAUUCUGCUGUUGCAAAAGCCUUAAAACAAAUCUCGCGGACCUUCACUGACCGAGAAAACUUCAAGGUUACCAUUUUGACACGUCCAUGUUCUCCACCAGAGUUCCCAAAAUUUAUGACACCUGAAGAAGUUGCAUAUUUGAAGCUCUGUAUGCAGAAACGAUAUGAUGGAGCUCUCCAAGCCCUGAACAUGAGGUCUCUACGGACGGAUCCAGACUUAAUUGAACACAAAGUAGAUGUUAUCCUGAACCGGGAAACUUGUAUGAACGCUAUGCUACAGAUCAUAGAAGAGAACGUACCAGAGCUUCUGUCUUUGGAUCUUAGUAGUAACAAACUGUAUAGGCUUGACCAUCUGUCACAAAUUCAUCUUAAAGUUCCGAACUUGAAGAUUCUUAACCUGUCCGACAACUUGCUGAAAACUGAGAAAGAUCUGGAUAAGAUAAAAAGCCUUAAACUGGAAAUGCUGUGGCUGGAUGGAAAUCCUCUCUGCAACAACUUCAGAGACCAAACUGUAUACAUCAGUGCCAUGCGGGAACGCUUUCCUAAACUCCUGCGACUGGAUGGACACGAUCUUCCUCCACCAAUCACAUUUGAUGUAGAAACACCCACAACACUCCCACCUUGCAAGGGUAGUUAUCUCGCAACAGAUGAUAUUAAAGCAUUGGUUUUACGAUUCCUUCAACAAUAUUAUGCCUGCUACGACAGUGAAGAUCGUCAGGGCCUCCUUAAUAUUUACCACGAUGAAGCCUGCUGUUCACUCAGCAUUCCUAGUCUGAUGGGACAGAACCCAUCAAGGAGCAGCCUCGGGGAGUACUUCAAUGGCAGCAGAAAUAUAAAAAGAUUACGUGAUCCAGGGCUCCGCUUUAAACUAUUGAACCACAGACGCCUUAAAGUUGUUAGCUUCCUCAGCGAGCUCCCUCGUACGCAGCACGAUCUGAACUCCUUUGUGGUAGACGUCACUGCUCAGUCUAACACCCUGCUAAGUUUUGUGGUGAAUGGUGUAUUUAAAGUUGAGGGACAAUCUAAUGACCCUGUCCGUGCUUUCACACGGGUGUUCAUAGCUGUGCCAGGCGCUGAUGGGGGGCUCCUUUUAGUGAACGAUGAACAGUUUAUAAGAAACGCCACCACAGAUGAGAUCCGAAAAGCAUUUGCCACCCCAGCGCCUACCCCCUCCAGCAGCCCAGUACCUGCCCUAGCUCCAGUACCGCAAGAUGUGGUGCAAGCAUUCUCACUAUUUUCUCAAAUGAAUGCAGAAUGGUCUCAGAAGUGUCUUCAGGACAAUGGUUGGGACUUUGAGCAAGCAGCACAGAUUUUUAUGAAGCUAAAGGCGGAGGGUAAAAUCCCAGAAGUUGCCUUCAUAAAGUGACUUUCCACUUGAAUCUUUCCCUAAUGUUUUGCUCAUUUUUUUAACUUUGUAAACAACUGUGUAUACACCGUACAAAAAAAACUAUUCUGGAUACAAGAACCGGAGUGUGUAACUCCCACUUUAUUCAUCCCCAGUUUUAACAUUGAAACACAUCCGAAAACAGGACGGGCUACAUGUGUACAUAUUAUGAAAGAUAAAUGGUCUCUUAUGCCCCUAGUAAGACUGAGUGAUCCGCCUGCUUACUUGACACCUAAAAUAUGUUCAUUUAAAGGAUACGAUGAAGGAAAAAAAAACCAGUCCAUAUAUCUUCUUCCAUUUGAGUGAUUCCCAUAUGCUUCUCAGAAUUUUCUUUUAAUCUUCCAUGCCAAAUAUUGGCUGCACCUCGGACAAAUCCCGUCAACAGAGCAGUUGUGAUUCCAGGAGUGAGGAACAUAAGACGGCAAGUGGAGAAGGAGUUUGAAGAACUUAAGGAAAACUCUACUUUUCUCUCCAGCCUAGAAUAUCACUUUGGUUAGUUGGAUGCAUAACGCCAAAACGAAACAUGCAACUUUUACUCUAUAUUCAUAUAUAUAUAUAUAUAUAUAUAUAUAUAUAUAUAUAUAUAUAUAUAUAUAUAUAUAUAUAUUACAUACACACAAAAACCUUCAUGUCUUAGAUAGAAGUGGGGAUUGUGUAGACAGGAUCAUCUGGUUUUUGUAGAGCACCAUUAUGUCUUGUUUAUAGUCAUUGUCACAUGUGCAAUCUUUACUGACCUGUGUAUUAAAAGAGUAGUGUAAAAAAAAAAAAAAAAAAAAGAUGGAGGAAUAUCCCCUCGCAACUCAUCAUCAGAGUCCAGGGAUCUCUUUCAGGGGGUCUUUGGAAGCUGAUUGGGUUCCUCUACACUAGUCCCAAUCUAUUUGCUGCUUAGUUGUCUCCGUACAGCAUUGUUCCUGAUAGAACUCUGAAAUCUUUGCAGUCGGUGCGCAACACAUUUAGAGAAUUCAGUGGAAGUUGUGUGUAUGUAUAUGAAUAUAAUUAUAUAUCAUUUUAUAUAUCUAUAUAUAUAUAUA